GGGGGUCUUGCUGUGUGCCCAGGCUGAUCUUGAACUCCUGAGCUCAAGUAAUCUGCCAGACUUGGCCUCCUGAAUUGCUGGGGUUGCAGGCCUAAGCUACCUUGUCUGGCCCAUCUGAAAAGUCUUAAUCCAUUUCAGUAUCAACUCUAAGGCCCAAAUAUCACCUAAAUAUUAUCUGAAUCACAUAUGGGUGAGAAACAAUGUGUGGUUCAUCCUGAGGCAAAAUUUUUGUCCAGCUGUGAAUCUGUGAAGCCAGAGAAGUUAUCUGCUUCCAAAAUACAAUGGUGGGACAGGCAUAGGAAAGACCCUCAGCCCUGGAAACCACCCUUCUACUUUGUUACUGUGAAUUUGACGUUCGUACUUAGCACAUGUAAGAAAGCGCAUGAAGCAUUUGUCUUUCUGUGUGUUGGGAACGGUGUUGCAAAAAUCAACACUGAGACAAAGGAGCUCUCAGCAAGGCUAGUUUACUUUCUACAGAAAGGGUGCCGCUCACUAGCAGUCUUGUCACGAGAGCACACAUGAACAAAGGAGACAGGGUCAUUUAUAACCUGACGUGUCCAUCCUACUGCUGUGUCUGGUUUCCAUUGGUUGGAACUGGACCUCACAUUCUGUACUUGACCCGAUUGGCUAGCACGUUAGUACUUCCCAAAAGAGGCAAAGGCAGAGGAGAACAAAGGAAGAGAGGAAGUAACUUGUGGAAGACUGAGACAAAAACACUUCCAAAUAAGGAAGAGGAAUAGGCUGUGACCUAACGCUUGCUUGGACCAGUUCAGGCAUGCCAGGGCAAAUAUCUAGGCUAAAAUGUGGGAGCUAAGAACACAGAGUAUAUUGAUUUAUUUAUUAUGGUUAGCAGAUACUUAAGAAUAUUACCACAGGUCUUUGAGUAAAUUUUGCUUCUAACAGAGGUUACUAUCUAUUCUCAAUUACACUGGGAGGAAAGUCCCUUUGAAGAGGAGCCUCUACUUACUUCAUUUUCUACACUGUGUCUAGCACAUUUCAAUUGGCAUAAUGUCUUCUGGGUUCCUGGAUCCAGUCACCUCUCCACAUCCAAUCUCCACCGAGAUGCUAGUUCCCUGACUACUGAGUAGCUUUAGCUUCUCUGGUAAGACUGGAUGGAGUCCACGAGGCUGAGAAAAAUCGGUUUUGACUUAAUUCAGUUCAACUUGUUAAGAAUAAAUCAUCUUAGUUUCCACAAAGAUGGACCAUAUAAGUGGACCAUGUAAGUGGACCACAACUUUAAGAUUCAUCCUUAAAUUCUGAAACAUUAACUUAAAAUGGGCAAGAAGCAACGCUGCUUCCCAGGACAAGAAAUAGUCACAAAUACUCCCAAAUCUGGAGAACAGACCCCGCCCACCCCUGGAGGCCCCGCUUCAUCCCAGUUUUCGGUCCAGCCAAGCCCCAACUGGUCACGCCCCCUGCCGGCCCGGGCCUCCCACCACCCUCUGGGGCCCCUCCCCAGUCAGGCCCAGUCUCCGCCAAGCUCUUUCCCAGUCGCGCCCCGCCCAGACCCCGCCCCCGCGCCUCCCGGUUUUUUUUUCCUCGCCUAGUUUCCUGCACACCCGGAAGCAGAUCGCUCCUGGGAAAGGCCACAUCGCUAUGCGUGUGUUUGGGUCUACCUGGAUUAAACAAUUGCUUCGCUUUGUCUACCUGGAUUAAACGUACACUUCGCAGUCCUCGGUUCUCCAUACCCGUGACCUGGGGAUCGCUACGGAUCUUAAAAUACCCGCAACAGCCCCAUUCGUCCCAAGGUCUCUGUCUCCUAGGCUGGAGAGCAGUGGCAUGAUCUCGCGCUCAUUGCAGCUUCUACCUCCUGGCCUCAAGCAGUCUUUCCACCUCAGCCUCUCACCGCACUGGAAUUACAGAUGUAAGCCACCACACCAGGCCUACAAGAUUUGACUUUUAAAGAAUUAAUUGUAUUGACUGAGAGAGAAGCUCAGAAGAGGAAGAAGAAAGAAAAGGAGUCAAGAAUGGCUCCUCCCCAGGGAUCUUUGACAUUCAGGGAUGUGGCCAUAGAAUUCUCUCAGGAGGAGUGGAAAUGCCUGGACCCUAUUCAGAAAGCUUUAUACAGGGACGUGAUGUUGGAGAACUACAGGAACCUGGGCUUCCUGGCAGGACUCUGUCUUCCUGACCUGAAUAUUAUCUCCAUGUUGGAGGAAGGGAAAGAGCCCUGGACUGUGGUGAGCCAAGUGAAAAUAGCAAGGAACCCAAAUUGGGGGGAAUGCAUGACAGGCGUGAUCACAGGUAUCUCUCCUAAACGUGUGAUCAAGGAAUUACCACGAAUACAGAACAGUAACACAGGAGAAAAAUUCCAAACAGUGAUGUUGGAAGGACAUGAAAGCUAUGACAUUGAAAAUGUUUACUUCAGGGAAAUCCACAAAAAUCUACAGGACCUUGACUUUCAAUGGAAAGAUGGUGAAAUAAAUUGUAAAGAAGUGCCAAUGACCCAUAAAAACAAUCUUACUGGUACAAGAGUUCGACAUAGUCAAGGGGACGUAGAAAACAAGCAUAUUGAAAAUCAGCUUAUAUUAAGCUUUCAAUCUGGUCUGGCUGAAUUGCAGAAAUUUCAAACUGCAGAGAAAAUUUAUGAAUGUAAUCAAAUUGAGAGGACAGUUAAUAAUGGUUUUUUAGCUUCACCACUUCAAAGAAUUUUUCCUAGUGUCCAAACCAACAUUUCUAGGAAAUAUGGGAAUGAUUUUUUGCAGCUUUCGUUACCUACACAAGACGAGAAAACAUACAUUGGGGAAAAACCUUACAUAGGUAAUGAGUGUGGCAAAGCCUUUAGAGUGUCUCCAAGUCUUAUUAAUCAUCAGAUGAUACAUACGACAGAGAAACCUUACAGAUGCAGUGAGUCUGGCAAAGCCUUUAAUCGGGGCUCACUACUAACAGUACAUCAGAUAGUCCAUACAAGAGGGAAACCAUAUCAAUGUGAUGUAUGUGGCAGGAUCUUCAGACAAAAUUCAGAUCUUGUAAAUCACCGGAGAAGUCACACCGGAGACAAGCCCUACAUAUGUAAUGAAUGUGGCAAGUCCUUUAGUAAAAGUUCUCACCUUGCAGUUCAUCAGAGAAUUCAUACUGGAGAGAAACCUUACAAAUGUAAUCGAUGUGGGAAGUGCUUUAGUCAGAGUUCCUCUCUUGCAACUCAUCAGACAGUUCAUACUGGAGACAAACCCUACAAAUGUAAUGAGUGUGGCAAAACCUUUAAACGGAACUCAAGCCUUACUGCACAUCAGAUAAUCCAUGCAGGAAAGAAACCAUACACAUGUGAUGUAUGUGGCAAGGUCUUUUACCAAAAUUCACAACUUGUAAGGCACCAGAUCAUUCAUACUGGAGAGACACCUUACAAAUGUAAUGAAUGUGGCAAGGUCUUCUUUCAACGUUCACGUCUUGCAGGUCAUCGGAGAAUUCAUACUGGAGAGAAACCUUACAAAUGUAAUGAAUGUGGCAAGGUCUUCAGUCAACAUUCACAUCUUGCAGUGCAUCGGAGAGUUCAUACUGGAGAGAAACCUUACAAAUGUAAUGAAUGUGGCAAAGCCUUUAAUUGGGGCUCAUUACUCACUAUACAUCAGAGAAUUCAUACCGGAGAGAAACCUUACAAAUGUAAUGUGUGUGGCAAGGUCUUUAAUUACGGUGGAUACCUUUCAGUUCAUAUGAGAUGUCAUACUGGAGAGAAACCGCUCCAUUGUAAUAAAUGUGGCAUGGUCUUCACUUACUAUUCAUGCCUAGCACGUCAUCAGAGAAUGCAUACCGGAGAGAAACCUUACAAAUGUAAUGUGUGUGGCAAGGUCUUCAUUGACAGUGGAAACCUUUCAAUACAUAGGCGAAGUCAUACCGGAGAGAAACCUUUCCAGUGUAACGAAUGUGGCAAGGUCUUCAGUUACUACUCAUGCCUAGCACGUCAUCGGAAAAUUCAUAGUGGAGAGAAACCUUACAAAUGUAAUGAUUGUGGCAAAGCCUAUACUCAGCGUUCAAGCCUCACUAAACAUCUGGUAAUUCAUACUGGAGGGAACCCUUACCACUGUAAUGAGUUUGGCGAGGCUUUUAUCCAAAGUUCAAAACUUGCAAAAUACCACAGAAAUCCUACUGGGGAGAAACCACACAAAUGUAGUGAAUGUGGUAGAACUUUUAGUCAUAAAACAAGUCUGGUGUACCAUCAGAGGAGACAUACUGGAGAGAUGCCAUACAAAUGUAUUGAAUGUGGGAAAGUCUUUAAUUCCACUACAACCCUUGCAAGGCAUCGGAGAAUUCAUACUGGAGAGAAACCUUACAAAUGUAAUGAAUGUGGCAAGGUCUUCCGUUAUCGCUCAGGCCUCGCACGUCAUUGGAGUAUUCAUACUGGAGAGAAACCUUACAAAUGUAAUGAGUGUGGCAAAGCCUUUAGAGUACGUUCAAUUCUGCUUAAUCAUCAGAUGAUGCAUACUGGAGAGAAACCUUAUAAAUGUAAUGAAUGUGGUAAAGCUUUUAUCGAAAGGUCAAACUUGGUUUACCAUCAGAGAAACCAUACUGGAGAGAAGCCAUACAAAUGUAUUGAAUGUGGCAAGGCAUUUGGGCGGCGGUCUUGCCUCACUAAACACCAACGAAUUCAUUCUGGUGAAAAACCUUAUAAAUGUAAUGAGUGUGGCAAAUCUUACAUUAGUCGCUCAGGCCUUACUAAACAUCAGAUAAAACAUACUGGAGAGAACCUUACAACUAAACUCAAUGUGGAAAGGCCUUUAGACGUUGUCCUAACUUCUGGGAUCCCCAAAUAAUUUAUACUUAACUGAUAUAAUUUGUCUAUUUGUCCCUUCCCUUUGAAGUCUCAUGUGGAAUUGUAAUCUCCAGCAUUGGAGGUGGGGCCUAGUGGGAGGCAACUGGAUGAUGGAGGUGGAUUUCUCAAGAAAGGUUUAGUACCAUCCCCUUGUUGCUGUCCUUGUGAUAGUGAGUUCUCAUGAGCUCUGGCUGUUUAAAAGUGAAUGGCAGGGCCAGGCGCCUAGCUCAUGCUUGUAAUCCCAGCACUUUGGGAGACUGUGGACGGAUCACUUGAGGUCAGGCAUUCAAGAGCAGCCUGGCCAACAUGGUGAAACCCUGUCUCUGCCAAAAAUAAAAAACAUU